GGAAAUCUUAACUACGUAUACUAACACAGAAUCCAAUCCGAGUAUAGUAAGAGGGAUUUAAAUUAUUUUAUUCCGGUAUUCUUUGUACAGCCACAUUAUCAAGAAAUCAUGAAAUGACACUAUUGAAUUCUACAAAAAAAAAAUUAGCUACCUGAAUUGAUACUCUGCGGCUUUUUGCAUCUCCGGUUUGUUUUUAACCAAUUCUAACCUCUAAUGAAUGGAUGCAAAGCGAAGCUGGUUUUGUUGAUCUGCUUUCCUGGCUUAAAAUAACGAAAAAUGAUAUUUUAUACUUAGUUUUACGUGAUCCUCGAUUUUACGAAUACUAGACGUAUCAAUUUAAUAGUAAUUAUGACGUCUAUCAUUAAACUACAUGCCAUUUCUGGGGCAAUGGAUGAGUCCCCUCCGUGCUAUAUCCUGCAAGUAGAUGAACUCCGCAUACUCCUUGAUUGUGGAUGGGAUGAAAAUUUUGAUCAAGAUUUCAUUAAGGAACUUAAGAGACAUGUCCAUCAAAUUGAUGCUGUACUGCUAUCGUAUCCCGAUCCAUUACAUUUAGGUGCUCUGCCAUACCUAGUUGGUAAAUGCGACCUCACCUGUCCCAUCUAUGCAACCAUUCCAGUUUAUAAAAUGGGUCAGAUGUUCAUGUAUGAUAUGUACCAGUCGCGCAAUAAUAUGGAAGACUUUGAUUUAUUUACCCUGGAUGAUGUUGAUGCAGCAUUCGAUAAAAUAGUCCAAUUAAAGUACAAUCAGAGUAUUUCAAUGAAGGGUAAAGGCUAUGGAGUCACAUUGACUCCAUUACCUGCUGGCCAUAUGAUUGGUGGUACUAUUUGGAAGAUUGUUAAAGUUGGUGAAGAGGACAUUAUUUAUGCAGUUGAUUUCAAUCACAAGAAAGAAAGACAUUUGAAUGGCUGUGAGCUAGAGAGACUUCAACGACCCUCUUUGCUGAUCACAGAUGCUUUCAAUGCAACUUAUCAGCAAGCCAGGCGAAGGACAAGAGAUGAGAAGCUUAUGACAAAUAUUUUACAAACACUUCGGGGUGGUGGAAAUGUCCUGGUGGGCGUGGAUACCGCAGGUAGAGUCCUUGAGUUGGCACAUAUGCUGGAUCAGCUUUGGAGAAAUAAAGAAUCCGGGCUGCUCGCUUACUCCCUUGCACUUCUGAACAAUGUUAGCUACAACGUUGUGGAAUUUGCUAAAUCUCAAAUAGAAUGGAUGAGUGAUAAGUUGAUGCGGAGUUUUGAGGGAGCCAGAAAUAAUCCUUUCCAAUUCAAGCAUUUGCAGUUGUGUCACAGCAUGGCUGAGCUAAACCAAGUUCCAAGCCCUAAGGUGGUUCUAGCAAGCACUCCUGACAUGGAAUGUGGAUUUUCGCGGGAGUUAUUUUUACAAUGGUGCAGCAACCCACAGAACAGCAUAAUACUGACUAGUAGAAGUUCACCAGGUACAUUGGCCAGAGAUUUAGUAGAGAAUGGCGGUAACAGGAAUAUUACUUUAGAAAUAAAAAGGCGAGUCAAGCUAGAAGGGGCUGAGCUAGAAGAAUAUCAGAAGAAGCAAAAAAUAAAGCAGGAGCAGAUAAAACAAGAAGCAAUGGAAACAGCAGACGUUAGUUCCGAAUCUGAGGACGAAAUUGAAGUUGGAGGUGGAAAAGGAAAACAUGAUUUGUUGGUCAAGCAGGAAAGCAAACCGGGCUUUUUCAAGCAAAGCAAGAAACAGCAUCCCAUGUUUCCUUUUGCAGAGGAAAAAAUCAAAGUCGACGAAUACGGGGAAAUUAUUAGGCCAGAAGACUAUAAAAUAGCGGAUGCCACACCCGAAUUGGAAGAUAACAAAGAAAAUGUAGAAGUGAAACAAGAAGACACAGUGCCGCAGCCGGAAAUCGCGGCAGAUAUCCCUACAAAAUGUAUUCAGCUCACACGCGUGGUUACAGUAAACGCAUCAGUAACUUACAUUGACUUCGAAGGUCGCUCCGAUGGAGAAUCCCUCCAAAAGAUUCUUGCUCAACUCAGACCAAGAAGAGUCGUCUUGGUCAGGGGCUCUCAGAAAGACACCGAAGUUCUUGCCCAACAGGCUCAAGCUGCUGGAGCUCGGGUGUUUAUUCCUGGCAGAGGGGAAACUCUAGAUGCUACAACAGAAACACACAUCUAUCAGGUUCGCCUGACCGAUGCAUUGGUCAGUGGAUUGAAUUUCUCCAGGGGUAGAGGGGAAACUGAGAUAGCGUGGAUUGAUGCUUUGAUGACAGCUCGCGAUCAAGUACGCCGUGAUGCUAUGAUUGAGGGAGAUGCUUCUGAAGCUGUCGAUCAGAAGGAUCAGAUACUGACCCUAGAACCCCUACCGCUCAAUGAGGUUCCUGGACAUCAAACUGCUUUCAUCAAUGAACUGAAAUUAUCAGACUUCAAACAAAUUUUAAAUCGGAGUAACAUUCCAUCAGAAUUUAGUGGAGGUGUUUUGUGGUGCUGUAAUAACACAAUUGCAGUAAGAAGGCACGAAGCGGGCAAAGUUAUUCUUGAGGGAUGUAUUUCAGAAGACUAUUACAAAGUUCGAGAACUACUGUAUGAACAAUAUGCUAUUGUUUGAAUAAAAAAUUAAUUUAAUUCUUCGUA